AUGGCACCUCCGCAGACUCGACAAGGAAGUCGGACGAUAUACAAGCUGCCACUCACCGACGUUGGUGCGCCUGAUGUCCCUCGCGAAUACGUCUACCUCCCAGCACCGACAAAUCCACCCUAUCACCUCCGAAUUGCUAUCGAGGGUACGAGCUCGAUAUGUCGCGAAGGCAGCCUGUGGGUGAACAUCCCUGCGGAGGGAGAACAGUUCGACAGGAACAAGUUCCGCCAAUUCAAACUGCAGCCGGACUUCAACAAGACCUUGCAUUUCGACUUGCCUAUUACCAUGGCCGGUGCAUUCGCUUAUUAUAUAACGUACACUCCUCUGCCGGCCUUUGACACAAAUGCAGUCAAGACCCCAGAUCCCACGAGAACAGACACUUACUACAUCGACAUCGAGCCGCAACUGUCAGUUGGUGGCUCCAAGCUGCCUCUUGACUCGCUUGGAAUCAUGUCAGUCGUCUCCAAAUUCUUGGGAAAAUAUCCGGAGGACUGGGAUAAACACCUGCGAGGUAUCAGCAGAAGAGGCUACAACAUGGUACAUUUCACGCCCUUACAAAAAAGAGGCGAGUCAAAUUCGCCCUACAGUCUCUACGAUCAGCUGUCCUGGGAUCCCGAUAUGUUUCCUGCAGGCGAGUCGGACGUUGCAGCCAUGAUCAAAAAGAUGGAGGAUGAAUACGAGCUUCUCUCACUGACUGAUAUCGUGCUCAAUCAUACAGCAAACAACAGUGAAUGGUUACAGGAUCAUCCGGAGGCUGGCUAUAACGUCGUGGAUUGUCCUUGGCUAGAGUCUGCCCUUGCUGUGGAUGAUGCUUUACUUGGCUAUAGUGACAAACUGGCUGAUCUUGGAAUCAAGGAGCAUGUCAUAGACAAGAUUAGGUUGUGGGAGUAUUUUGCUUGCGACGUGCCCCGAGAUGCACAAGCUGCCGUCGACAGCUGGAAGCAAGGCAAAACCAAGCAAUCGGGUCCUUCGACAGAUGCUGCGUCAUCUUGGUCUCUUUAUGAACAAGCCAACUAUUUGAGGAACCAUGGACUACUAAAUGGUCUCCGAAUUGAUGGCAGGUUCUCCAGAAAGGUCGAUCCAGAGGUCGCCGCAGCUCUGCUGACGGCUCUACGUGGAACGCACUCCGCAGAUGCCGAAGAUCAGGCAUUACAGACUAUGAAGUCAGUGCUUAACGAGCUCAACUUGCCCUUCUACAAGGAAUAUGAUGAAGACUCCAACGCCAUAGUUGAGCAGACCAAGGGUCGUCUCCAGUACACCCGACUCGAUGAUCAUGGUCCGCAACUCGGGCCAAUCACGAAAGAAAACCCUCUUAUUGAGACAUACUUUGCACGGCUGCCACAUAACGAGAAAACAAAGAAGCACGAUCCACGAGCAUUGGCACUUGCAGUCAAUGGCUGGAUCUGGGCUGCUGACGCCAUGAAAGACAACGCAGGUCCAGACUGGCGGCCAUAUCUUCGACGAGAACUUAUCCCCUGGAGCGAUUGCGUCAAGCUCAGAUAUGGCAAGAGCCAAAAGGACAAUCCGUGGUUGUGGAGCUUUAUGGCUGAGUAUUGUCGUCUCAUGGCCAAAUAUUUUACAGCUUUUCGAAUCGACAAUUGCCAUUCUACGCCGAUCCACGUGGCAGAAUACAUGCUCGACGAAGCACGCAAAGAAAGGUCGGAUCUUGCCAUCUUCGCCGAGCUUUUCACAAACAACGAGCAAACUGAUUUUGUCUUCAUCAAGCGACUGGGUCUUAGUGCUCUUAUUCGAGAGGCUAUGCAGUGUUGGAGCACCCAAGAGCUGAGUCGAAUUGUUCAUCGUCAUUGCGGCAGACCAAUAGGCAGCUUCGAGAUCGACCUGCCAACGCCAUCAAAAUCCCCAAUGAAUGGAGCUGUCAACGGUGACUCGUGUUUCACAAAGGAGAUUGUAAAGCACGUUCGAGAAAGCCCAGUGCAUGCCUUGUUCAUGGACUGCACUCACGACAACGAGAUGCCUGCUCAAAAGAGAGAUGCUCGAGACACCUUACCAACAGCAGCCUUGGUCAACAUGUGUGGUUGUGCCACUGGUAGCGUGAUAGGGUUUGACGAGAUAUACCCAAAAAUUGUAGAGAUUGUGCAAGAGCACAGACUAUACACCUCUGUUAGCUCCGAAGGUGAAGUCAAUAUUGGUGCUGGCGAGGGUGGUAUUGCCGGUGUCAAGAAGUUGUUCAAUCAUAUUCAUACGUUGAUGGGUAAAGACGGCUACUCUGAGACUUUCCUAGAUCAUCAGGGUGAGCUGAUCACUUUGCAUCGUGUCCACCCUGGCUCACGGAAAGGAUACUUCCUGAUAGCGCAUACAGCAUUUCCGGGCUAUGGUAAUGGUAAUGGUGGACUGCGACCUGUCCAUCUUGCCGGCACGAAAGCUAGGCAAGUUGGCGCCUGGACUCUUGAAGUCGAUCAAAGUGGUGAUGCUAAACAAAAGGCUCUUAGCGAUGAGAAGUUUCUACGUGGAUUACCAGCACGGGUCAAGAAUAUUAAGGGCGCAACGAUCGAGUCUCAGAACGGGAGCACAGUCAUACAUGUCGAUGACUACUUCCCACCAGGCUCCGUUGCACUCUUUGAGACAUGGGUACCGUCAGCCGAGCAUUCUGCCGGCCUGAACAACUUCAUUGCUAGUGGUACUGAUGAAGCUUUUGGUGAGCUAGACUUGAUCGACCUCAACUUUGUGUUGUACAGAUGCGAAGCCGAAGAACGAGACUCCAGUAACGGGCAAGAUGGUGUAUACACCAUUCCUGAUCAUGGUCCUCUUGUUUAUGCUGGUUUACAAGGCUGGUGGAGUGUGCUCGAGCCUAUCGUUCAAGAGAACAACCUAGGUCAUCCACUAUGCAAUCAUCUAAGAGAUGGACCUUGGGCGCUUGAUUUCAUUGUGAACAGGAUGGAACGUAUCGCCAAACAGGAGCGCUUCUCACGACUGAACAAGCCCGCACAAUGGCUUAGAGAAAGGUUCGAGGCUGUGCGCGAAGUGCCCAGCUUUCUUCUGCCUCAUUACUUUGCUAUGAUCAUGCAAACGGCGUACGAGGCUGCUAUUCGACGAGGUCUUGAACUGUUCAAUGCAGAUAUCAGCAAUGGCCAGCUCUUCCUACAACAACUGGCAAUGGUCAGCGCCCAGCAAACUGGCUACGUCAAAUCUGCUUCAUUGUGGCCGAACAAGGAAGUACCUUCCCUUGCUGCGGGCCUGCCCCAUUUCUCUGUGGAGUGGGCACGAUGCUGGGGUAGAGAUGUUUUCAUUUCCCUCAGAGGCCUCUUCCUGUGCACUGGACGCUAUGACGAAGCAAGAGAACAUAUCAUAGCCUUUGGAAGUGUUUUGAAGCAUGGUCUCAUACCUAAUCUUCUAAGUGGCGGAGCCAAUCCGCGUUACAACUGCCGAGAUGGGCCUUGGUGGUUUCUUCAGAACAUCCAAGACUAUACCAAGAUCGUGCCCGAUGGAAUGUCUUUGCUCAAGCAGAAGGUGCCACGACGCUUUCUGCCUUACGACGAUACAUGGUUUUCACACGAUGAUCCACAAGCAUACUCAAAGGAAUCCACCAUUGAAGAGAUAAUUCAAGAGAUACUGCAAAGACACGCAUCUGGCAUUUCCUUCGAGGAAUACAACGCUGGGCCUAACCUCGAUAUGCAGAUGAAGCCGGAAGGAUUCCAAAUCGACAUCAAUGUUGACUGGGAGACUGGUAUGAUAUUUGGUGGUAGUCAACACAAUUGUGGUACAUGGAUGGAUAAGAUGGGCGAAUCAGACAAAGCCGGCAGUAAGGGUGUUCCAGGUACGCCUCGAGAUGGUGCAGCUGUUGAAAUUACAGGCCUUGCAUACAGUGCCAUACGCUGGGUGGCCGAGCUCAACGCAUCUGGAAAUUUCCCCUGGUCAGGUGUCAAGGAUCCAACAGAUCAAGCCGUCACUUACGAGUCUUGGGCUGGCAAGAUCAAGUCGUCCUUCGAGAGGUGCUACUGGGUACCAGCGAACGCAUCAGAGGACAGUGAUUUUGACGUUGACUCAAACAUCGUCAACCGAAGAGGCAUUUACAAGGACCUUUACAAGUCAGGCAAGCCCUAUGAGGAUUACCAACUGCGUUGCAAUUUCCCAAUUGCCAUGACUGUUGCACCAGAUCUGUUUACUCCAGAACGAGCUCUAAUUGCACUGAAGAUAGCAGAUGAGGCGCUACGAGGUCCAACUGGAAUGGCCACCCUGGACCCGUCUGACAUGAAUUACAGACCUUAUUACAACAACUCCGAGGAUAGCACGGACUUCGCCACUAGCAAAGGCAGAAACUACCAUCAAGGGCCUGAAUGGCUAUGGCCCACAGGAUUCUUCCUCCGUGCACUGCUGAAAUUCGACCUUAUGAGACGGGAUACUCCAGAAGGCAGGCUUGAGUCAUUCCAACAAGUAGCCCGACGGCUUGCUGGUUGCAAGGCCGCCAUCAAAGAAUCGCCAUGGAGAGGUCUGACGGAGCUCACCAACAAAGACGGCAGUUUCUGUGGUGACUCAAGUCCGACACAGGCCUGGAGUGCUGGAUGUUGCAUUGAUCUCUUCCAUGACGCGGCGGCAGCAGGUGUCCAGAAUGGUGUUGCGCAUUGA